ACUGUCACCGAACUGUUGGCAAGGCAACACGGCGAAAUAGCUUUUUUAUGCGUUCGGCGGAAAGUUGUGAAAUUAUCCUUGAGAAAAACUAAAUAGAAAUGGAAGAAAAACAGGAGAAACGAAAGAAAUCCAAAAGAGAAGAGGAAGAAGACAAUGGAUUUGCACAAUUUGGUGGCUACAUGGAUGCCAAAAUAUCCAAAUUGGAGCAACAAUUUCUCGAUAAUGCCAAAAAUUCUGGUAUACAGAAGUCUACCCUCUUCUCAGGUAUCUCAAUCUAUGUCAAUGGACAUACUAAUCCUUCGGCAGAGGCACUUAAAAUGAUCAUGAUGGAACAUGGUGGGAUCUAUCAUACCUACGAAAGAUCCCACACAACUUUUAUCAUUGCCAGCAAUUUGCCAGAUGUGAAGGUGCGAAAAAUGAUGCCUAGCAAGACGAUAAUAAAGCCCGAAUGGAUUGUCGAUUGCUUGAAGGAACAGAAAAUCAUCGAUUACAAGAAAUAUUUGUAUGAUUUCAAUCACAGAGUCUCGCAGCCGAAAUUAACAUUUGCGCAGAAGGCAGAGGAUGAUGGGAAAAAAGCUCGAACAGCUGUUAAUCCAAACUUCCUCUCGGAGUUCUACAGCAACUCUCGACUUCAUCAUAUUUCAACUCUGGGGCUGGCACUCAAAGAUUACGUGAAUGACUUGAGGGAGAGGCAUCAGGGAGAUUUUCCCGGAAGGAUUGAGAUGAAUUUUUCCCGAAACUCUGGUCCACCUGGACAGAAAGUCAUCAUGCACAUUGAUAUGGAUUGCUUUUUUGUUUCUGUGGGAUUGCGCUCCAGGCCGCAUCUUAGGGGACUUCCUGUAGCUGUUACUCACUCAAAAGGUGGUCGCAAUCCGGUCUCUGCUGACAAGAGCUUCAAGGAUCUAUCUGCAAUUGAUGAGGAGGCUGCAGAGGAAAAUUCAAAAAAUAUCUUGAGAGUAGGAUCUUCUGGUAAAUCACUGUCACUCUCAGAGAUUGCUUCCUGCAGCUACGAAGCUCGUCAGAAGGGCAUAAAGAAUGGAAUGUUUAUGGGAACGGCACUGAAGAUCUGCCCAGACCUCAAAACAAUUCCCUAUGAUUUUUCUCAGUACCGAGAAGUGUCCUACAUUCUCUACGACUCCAUUGCCAGAUACACCCUGGACAUUGAGGCUGUGAGCUGUGAUGAGAUGUUUGUUGACCUUACUGAUCUCCUAGCCACCACAGGAGUGUCAUGCGAGGAUUUUAUCACGCAUAUCCGGGCAGAGAUUAAGCAGAAAACAAAUUGUCCGUGCUCUGUGGGAAUUGGAGAGAAUCGCUUAUUGGCCAGAUUAGCUACCAGAAAAGCCAAGCCAGAUGGACAGUACUUUUUCCCCCGGGAAAAUAUUCCCAACUUCAUGCAGGACGUUCCCCUGAAGGAUUUGCCAGGAGUAGGUAGGUCUACGUGCGAGAAACUGGGUGAAAAUGGAUGGGUGUCUUGUGGAGACCUUCAGGGAGUCCCUCUAAGCCGCCUCCAGAAGGAUUUUGGCAAGAAAUCUGGCGAAAAUCUCUUCCAACUCUGUCGAGGUCAGGAUAAUCGCCCAUUGAACUUCUGUCAGCAACGAAAAUCCGUCUCUACUGAAGUUAACUACGGCAUCAGAUUUACCAAGAAAUCCGAACUGGAGACAUUCCUGAGGCAACUGAGUGAGGAAACUGCCAAGAGACUUCGUGAAGUUGGUCUAAAGGGCAAAAGUGUCACUCUCAAACUCAUGAUUCGUGCCCAGGAUGCUCCAGUAGAGACGGCAAAAUUCAUGGGGCAUGGAAUUUGUGAUCAUAUUGCAAAGUCCUCACCACUGACCACCUUCACGGAUGAUCCAGAAACCAUUUUUCAGGCCAUCUGGAAAAUUUCCGAGGAGCUUAAUAUCCCGUCGGAAGAAUUACGAGGGAUCGGCGUCCAAGUGACAAAACUGAAUAAAGGUGACGCUGGAAAACCUCCUCAGUCUUCGGUGAUGGAUCUCUUCAACCAGAUGAAGGCAAAGCCAAAACUUCAGAAACUAUCUGAAGCCAGAAAAGCAGAAAAUGCAGAAGAAAAACUACCACCAACUAUGCCUGACCUUGAUCCUGAAGUUCUAAAAGCCCUUCCCGAAGAACUUCGAGAGGAAAUCCUAAGGGAUUAUUCAGAAUGGAAGAAAGUGCAGAAUUCAGCUCAGGAGAAAACUCCAACAAAAAGUCCUCCUGCGGCAAAAAUUGAACCGAAACCCGAAACGGUGAUUCGCAAGAAAGCUCCCGGUUUAAUAAGCAGCAGCAAUAUUUUGGGCAAGAAGAACUGGUUGGACAUUGUAACUCAGUGGGUCAAUUCUAGCGACUGCCCCAAAACCUGCGAUGUGGAGCAUCUCUCAAGGAAUGCGCGUGAAUUCGUGCGGGCGAAGGACAUCGUUGAUCUCCAUUCGCAAUUGGAAUAUUUGUUCUUGCUAAUCAACCAAAAGAACAACUGCAAUUGGCACAAGAGCUACAGAUUCCUCAUUCAGGAAGUUCAGAGGGAAAUGCUGCUGAUUUAUGAGAUCAAGUUGAAAAUUUCUAACAAAUUCAAUUGUGGGCAGUGUGAAUAAAACAAGAGUUUUUUGAGAGAUUUUUACCUUUAUUGCCAUCCAAAAGUCAAUGGGAUGGGAUUCAGUGGAAGCAAAUGGCUUAGUAGAGACGCUGAGCCGGUCCCAUUGUUGAUUUGAUGUGCAAUGAGCGAACAUUCUGCCAGUGCUUCUUCAGCAGGGACACCAGGAAAUUGAUGGACAGAUGAAUGUUCUGCACUAACUCAUCUGCUGGCAUAUUUACGUGUCCAACGGCCACGGAAAGGCACAGUACCUUCUUCAUUUGGAACUUAAUGGUGGCCUUGACCUCGUCAAUCUUCUGGGUCAUGGAUUCCGUGUGAGACAAGAGCCCGGGGAAUUUGCCGGCUUUAUUGAGACCUGGACCAAGGAGACGUGGAAUCUGCUUGAUGAGGGAUUCUGAGGCUAGGAAGGCAUCGUACUUCUUGGCCAGUUUCUUCACUAGCUUCUUGUUCUUGUUCAACUUCUUGAGUGCUUCGGCAUCCAUGAAGGGCACUUCAUUGGCUUUAGCUUCAUCGCAAUGCUGCUGAUCUCCCAGGAUGCAGACUUGCAUCUUUGGCCGAGGGAUAUGCUUGAGCCUGUGAAGAUGUGGGAAUUUUUAGAAUGGUUUUGCAAAUAAAAUAGUUUUGGUUGGUCCGGAAGAAGGAUUGUUAGCUGGUAACUUACUAGCUUUGUAUCAAUAGUUUACAAAAUUAUCAAUUUUCUCUAAAACUAUUGCGGAAAUAUUUAAAUUCCCUACUCAAUUAUUUAGGAGACCCUGAGUUGGGGUCUUUGGGGAUUAUCCGGGGAGACAUACUUGACAGUGCCAGAGAAACGCUUAUCCUUCUGGGGAUCAUAGUUCUUCAGGCCAAUUUGGAGUUCCACCGUCUCGAGAAAUCCUCGUUUCUUCUCCUUGGAUCCAGCCAGGACAGCAUUGACGCACUCGUAGAGAGUAUCACGAGAAACUUUUGUUCUGAAAAGAGAGCUUUCUGUUGGACAAAUCCUAAAAUUUCCAAAUAUGGGAAUAAUUUGGCAAAAAACGCGUGAUUGCAGUGUAAAUAUGGUGAUUAUCUUGAUAUUUAUUUAUCCACUUGACACAAUUACACUGUUAUUGUGUAGAAUGUUUAAUUGGCAACAAUUUUGCAAACAAAAAUUAGUCAAUUUGUCUAAGAUGCAGGAGAUAAUUCCAAGAUUUUCUACUUACGACAUUUUUUCAGACUUUUCUGUAGUCGGACAACUGAACGAAAGGCCGAAUGACUAUAUUCGUUAAGUUUGAGCGGAAAAUUUUUUACCGAGGGCGCUGCGAUGCGGCAGUGCUUGACGUUUUUGUGUGUGAAAAAGUGUCGUCGGGCGAUAUAAACAAUAGACGGGGUGAUUUUCCUAGUGUUAAAAUGGCCGAUCUAACGCUGGGACAUGACGAAGAGGCAGAUAUCAAUGAGGAAUUGCAGCUACAGCAGCUGGACGAUACCUUUGAUACCCGCAGUGAGGCAUCUGCCGAGUCGUCGAGUGACUCCAAUGCCCGGCCGAGCUGCAUAAGCUCCAUCAGUACAGAAUCAAGUGUGAGCCCCACUGUGAGGAAUCGGACGCAAAAUAGUAAGAAAACAGCAGGGAAAAAGUCCACAGAUGAUGAUGAUGUGGGUCAUAGGGGCAAGAAGGUACUUCCAAUCACUAAAGUGCUCGCCCCCAAGCGAAAUAGCGUCAAGAGUCAGCCAAAAUCCUAUGAUUACAUGACGAAAUUGAACUAUUUGUUCCGGGAGGCACGAUACUUUGUUAUCAAGUCCAAUAAUGCUGAAAAUGUGACCCUAUCCAAGGCUAGGAGUGUCUGGGCUACAUUGCCACAGAAUGAAGCAAAUCUCAAUCAGGCCUUCAGGGAGUGUCGCAAUGUCCUGUUGAUUUUCUCAGUGAAGGAAAGUGGGAGAUUUGCUGGAUUUGCCAGGAUGAAUACGGAGGCUCGUCAUGAUGGCCCUACAGUGAGCUGGGUUCUGCCACAUGGGCUAUCAGCCAAGGCUCUCGGGGGUGUAUUCAAGAUUGACUGGAUUUGCCGCAAAGAACUCUCUUUCACCUGUACCGGACACCUGUUUAACCCAUGGAAUGAGGGAAAACCGGUGAAGAUUGGUCGGGAUGGUCAGGAGAUUGAACCCAAAGUUGGCGCUGAACUGUGUCGGCUCUUUCCGGAGGAUGACAGCAUCGAGCUGACGCCAAUUCUGCGCAAAUCCAAGGAAACAUCUUUGCAGCUCCGUGAGAAGGGCAUCCGCCCCAAACCGGUCUACCGUGGCGCCCCAAAUCGCCCUCAGCCGCCGCUCAGGGGUCGUCAAGCCCCAAUGCUGCGUGGAAUUGCGCGCAAAAAGCUCUAUCUCACGAGUCGCAGUAAGCUGGCCAGUACCGGUGCGUACAAGCGCCCCGGUUCACCUUAUAGCCGCGUCGAUCGGCUCCUGCCGCCGCCGCUGUGGGAGCGCUAUCCCACCAGUACGGCCGCCGCCGAGGCGUACGUGGAGAAGUACAUGCGACAGAUGCAGCAUCAAUUGCCCCCGAUGCCCUAUGCACCACCGCCUGGCUUCACAACACUUCUUCCCACACCCUACGACGCCCUCCCGCCGCCGCCACCGCCGCGCUACUACGACGGCCUUCCGGUGCCCGAGUACCCACGACAUUCCUACGAUAGUGGUCGUUAUGAACGCGAGGACUUUUUGCGCGCCGGCACAUCUGCCCUCGAACGCCAUCCUGACCACUAUAGGCAUAGGGCACGCGAGCGGGAGCGCGACAGGGGGGAGUAUCGUGAAAGGAGUCACCACAGGAGCUACAGGGAUCGUCGAUGAUUACCCACCCCAGGCAGCUCCUGGACAAACACGCAAUUUCGCGACGACCGGAAGGCAAUUUGAAUGCUAACUAAAGAGCAUCCCAGCAUCCCGUCGUCCGUGUAUUUUGAUCAUCAUCAUCUUUCUAUAGAGAAAAAAAACAAGCGACAUGGGCAGAAAAUUAUUUAAAAAAAAAAAUGAAAAAAAAUCUCAAGUGCAGAAUUGUGAGAAUAAUGUGUUUAGAUGCCAA